AUGCACUCCUCCAUCCUAACAACCCUCCUUCUCUCCUCCCUCCCAACAACCCUCUCCCGCCAAACCACCCUCUUCUCCCCCAACCCCAACAAUAACGCGAACGAAACCCUCACCGGCAACCCCAUCUUCCCCGGCUGGUACGCCGACCCCGAAGCCCGCAUCUUCUCGCACACCUACUGGAUCUACCCAACUUACUCCGCCGCCUACGAGACCCAAACCUUCUUCGACGCCUUCUCCUCCCCCGACCUCCUCACUUGGACCAAACACCCCCAUAUCCUCAACUUCACCGAGAUCCCAUGGUCCACGAACCGCGCCGCCUGGGCCCCGUCCGUGGAGCGGUCCUCGGGGGGUGAUUACUUUAUGUAUUUCAGCGCGGGGGAUGGUGCCGGGAUUGGGGUUGCGAAGUCCGUGAGUGGCAGGCCGGAGGGUCCGUUUGAGGAUGUUCUUGGGAGGCCGUUGGUUCCUGGGCCGACGGUUCUGGGGGCGCAGCCGAUUGAUGCGCAGGUUUUUAGGGAUGAUGCCGAUGGGAAUGCGGACGAGGAUGAGGAUGGCGAAGGGGAAGGUAGGGUGUGGUUGUAUUUCGGGGGGUGGACUCAUGCGGUGGUGGUCGAGUUGGAGCAGGAUAUGGUCACGCUGAAGGGCGAGUAUUUGGAGAUCACUCCGAAGGAUUAUGUUGAGGGACCGUGGGUGUUGAAGAGGAAUGGGGUUUAUUAUUUUAUGUAUAGUGUGGGCGGAUGGGGCGACAACUCCUACGGCGUCAGCUACGUAACAGGACCCUCACCCACCGGCCCAUUCUCAUCGACACCGACCAAGAUCCUCGAAGGAAACGACAAGGUCGGGACCAGCACGGGCCAUAACAGUGUGUUCACGCCCGACGGCAAGGACUACUACAUCGUGUACCAUCGGCGGUAUGUGAAUGACACAGCCCGCGAUCAUCGGGUCACAUGCAUCGAUCGCAUGGAGUUCGAUGAACAGGGGAAUAUUAAGCCGGUGACGAUUACGACGGAGGGGGUAGAGGGGAGGCCGUUGUAG